ACCAGCAGCUAAAAGUUCCUCACACAGUUACUACGUGUAUAUGUAUUUUUAUUUAUUUAUUUAUUUAUUUGAAUAUUAUAGAUCCAUAUGUUUCAUUGAUUCUUGGAAAAACUUAUAUAAACAAGGAAAAAGAAAUAAAAAAAAAAAUCACUCAUUUUUCGGUGUUGGAUCUGCUGCUGCAAGAAUGUUAGACGGAUUGUUAGGGCGCAGUGGCUUCAGCUCUAAAUGUAAAUCAUUAGUAAAGCCAACGAGGACACGGAUAGAGGCGUUGCGAAAGAGAGCCGAGGCGAAACAGAGGUUUUCGAAAGAAGAUCUUGUUAAAUUGCUUGCCAAUGGCCUUGAUGUCAAUGCCUUUGGAAGGACUGAAGAGUUUAUAGCUGGAUUAGAUCUCUUAUCUUGUUAUACCUUCAUUGACCAAUCAUGUGAAUACAUAUUGAAGCAGUUGUCAGUCAUGUCGAAACUAGGGCAAUGCCCAGAAGAAUGCAGAGAGACAGUUGCAUCCCUUAUGUUUGCGGCUGCAAGAUUUUCUGAUCUUCCUGAAUUACGUGAUCUUCGGGAUGUAUUUCAAGAGAGAUAUGGAAAUGGCUUAGAGUGUUAUGUAAAUCAAGCAUUUGUUGAGAAGUUAGCCUCUAAACCUCCCGUGGUAGAGAAGAAAAUAAAGUUACUUCAAGAUAUUGCUGCAGAGUUUUCCAUUCAAUGGGAUUCUAAAGGAUUUAAACAAAGAAUGGAUAAACCCACCACAGUUGCUCAGGAACAACCAAAGAAACCUGGAGCUGUGGGUGCCACUGAUGAUAAGUUCAGACCCCCAAAUGCAAAUAACUUUUUCCGGGAAAAUGAUCAGCGUUCUAAAAAAAGAACAGAGCAUGCUGAAGAAAGGCUGAUAAUGCACAAUGAUGGAAAUGUAAAUAUUAGAAGGAAAGAGGGGUUUGAUAAACCACCCAUAAAAACAGAAGAAUGUUCUAAAGAAAGAAUAGAGCGCAUUUACGAGGGAUCGCUAUCGAAAAAUGCCAUGAAUGGAAAUGUUAGGAGGAAUGAGGAGUUAAAUAUCCCAUUUGUAAGAAGAGAAGAAAAAUGUUUUAAAGAAAGAAUACCUCAUGAUGAAAAUGGGAUUGGAAAUGUUCGGAGGAAAGAGGAUCAAGAUAUUCCGUUUGCAGGAAGAGACAAAAAGCGCUCCAAAGAAAGAAUAGAACAUGCUCCUUAUAAUAGGAAUGGAUAUGAAAAUGGGAAUGGAAGUGUUAGGAGGAAAGAGGUGUUUGAGUUUCCAUUUGAAGGGAGAGACGAAAAACUUGCCAACAAAGACGAGGGACUCGCCAGGAGGAAAGAGGUGUUUGAUUUUCCGUUUGUGGGAAGAGACGAAAAACAUGCCAACAAAGAUGAGGAACUCUCUAGGAGGAAAGAGGUGUUUGACUUUCCGUUUGUAGGAAUAGACGAAAAACGUGCCAACAAAGAUGAGGAAUUCGCCAAUAAGGCAAAGAAUGGUGGGGAAUAUUUUAAGCCAAGGCAUGAAUCUGAUAUGGAGAAGAAUGCACAUGGACAGUUUGGACAGCACGAUAUCCCUGUGAUGGUUUUAAGUUUAGGUAGUUCUUAUCAUGACAAGGAGCGGGAAGCUUUUGAUGAGGAUCGGGUGCACAGAAGUAGAAAGGAAAGACAUCGCUACAAACAAGAGCCAGUUACAAGCAGGGAAGAAACUAUUGAAUCCAGAGAAAUUGAUCACUUAAAAGGAAGGUCUGAAAUGAAAAGUUCCAGAAGAUCGCGUGACAGACGACCAAAAAAUCUUGACAACGGUCAUGUGAAUGCUGACCCAAAAGUAGAAAAACCUGAUCUUCUAGAUCAUGGAAAAUCAGAAGGCGUUUCAAAUGGUAGAAAACAUCCAGAUUAUGAUGAUGAAGAUGCUUUGAAGUCAGCAGGGAAAGUCAAAGCUGAAGAACAAAUUAGGUUAAAGUCCUCUUUACCUCCACCACCAUAUGUUAAGCUAAACAUCCCGCCACCAUACAGUAAGCCUCACAAUGCAUCAAAGUCAGAAAGGGUCAAGGAAGAAGCAAGUCUCAGGGUUGUGGACGAUCAGCAUUACCAGAAUGAUAUACCUUUACCUAAGCCAAGAUCAAUUAGGCGGAAGCACUGUAAAUCCUCAUCUAUUCAUGACGAUAUUGGAAGCUCAGAAGAUGCCCAUAUUGUGAAAAGAAUUUCAAGUAGCAGAAGAAAAGAAGGAAAGGGGUUACAGAUUUUAUUUGACGACGAGCAUUAUCAUAGCCACAAGGAUGAAGAGGAAAAAAUGAUGGAUAAAUUGUUAUUACACUACAGUAAAAAACCUUCAGCUUAUGAUAUAGCAAAAUUGAGAAAAAAGAAAUCUAGAUCCAACACAAGCAAAUCUCCAUCUCCACAUCAUAUAAGCAAAGAUGAGGUGGCAGAAAUGAUUGUUCCUCCAAUGAGAUCACUCUCUCUUCCAAACGAACAUAGUGGCGAAUCAGAACCUAAGAAAGUGUAUGCUCGUGCCAACUCAUUUCAGCCCGAUAAUCAAGCUCCACAUGUGCAUCCUAAGCUGCCUGAUUAUGAUGAUUUGGCAGCCAGAUUUGCAGCAUUGCGAGGAGGGUGAAACAAUCUUCUUGUGGGUAAAGGGAAGCUUAAAGUUGCAUUUGAAUUUCCAACUUCGCGUAGGAGGUUAUGAAGUCCACAAGAGUGCAACGGGAGCGGGAAUUUGCAAUUGAAGAUGUUGUCACAUGUGUGAAAGACUUACCAGCGUAUAAUCUUUUGAGACGAUGAAAAAGUGAAAAACAACACUUGAGCUACGAUUUUCUUCAAGGUUAGCUCAUUGUAAAUUGAUUUUCACAUAUAACAUCAUGGCAUCUGAUGAAUGAUGCAAAUAUUCAUAUUGCAAGAGAGAAAAACAAGUAAAGGUUGGUCUUCUAAUUUUUGUACAAAUAAAUGUGAUUGACUUGACUUAGUCAGUUGAAUGUGUGAUUUUUUAGUUGAGGUUGUUGAUUUACAUUUUAUUGUAAAGCUAUUUUCAAUUUGAACUUCCAAAUAUACUCUUGCA